AUGUUCUACGAGCGCAAAGCGCCGGUGUCGGGUGAACGCACGGAUGAUACGUUCCCCAACGAUAUCGUCGCACAUAAAGACCUAUUUGAGACCAUCAGCGAGGCACAUUACCUGCCGGAACUAGGCGGGCCGCACGACGAGGCCCUGCUCGAAUCGCUCGUUGAAAAAGGUUGCGAGGAUAAUCAGAUCCUCGGACAAGCACUGGAUAAAUUGGCACACCUCGUGCACGGCUCGGGUGAUUACGCUGACGAAGAGGAAGACAUGUUGCUCAGUGGUGCGCCGGUUGCCGACAUUAUUGACAGACUUGAACACUCGCUCGAAUCGCCGGGCCGUAGCAGUAUUACCGCGGCACAAGGAUUACUACAUUUGCACCAUAUAGGUGACCACAUACCGACUACUGAACACCGGCAAGCUGUCGAGCAAUCGUUUAUACCAAAUGAGGUUUUUACCUCUAAUGAGCCUGCAGAAUGCUCCAUCGAGUCGCUUAAUGCUAGUCAGCUUAGCGCGAGUUCUGAUAUACAAGAACCAAAUGGAAUGAACCAUUUGGAAUUUGAUAGUAAUGCCGAGAAGAGGCUAGAGAAUGAGGUCGUUUCAACCGACGUGAUGUAUACUGACCCUGUACCUGAUUCCAAUGAGACUUACGUUGAGAAAAUGUUUGAAGAACAGCAGCCGCAAUCACAUCCUGAUCAGAGUGAGAUGGCUGUAGCAAGUGAGAUGGCUGAAGCAAGUGGGAUGGCUGAUGUAAGUGAGAUGCCUAGUGACAAUACUGACACGGAAAUUGCUGAGCAGGUGGAAGAGGAAAAGUGCAUAUCCGACGACCAAAUGAACAAUGAAGACACAGAGGCUACAGCACCGGACGACAACGCAAGCGAAUGCAUUAAAGAGAUGGAGGAAAUAUCAAAUAAUGACGAAAUGAUGCCCACUGAUUUAAGCAUAAGGAGCGUUGACAAAAAAAUGAGCUCUAUUGUGGUCGCCAGUGCCGCUGAGACAACAAACACGAUGGAGGAUAACAUGUCAGAGAAAAGCGAUGAGCAACCAAAGGAUUUAAGUGUGCAUAGAAGGAUGCCCACUCCGCAUGCGUCACCGAGAAGGAUAGACAUACCCAGAGCGCCGUCGAGAGAGUCGGAUGCAAUGCAAUCGCCGCAACCGAGCGGAAUACCAGCUAUACCGUCUUCACCGGAAAUAUUUACUAUGCCUUUGACAAAAAGUAAACAAACAUUAUUUUUGGAAACACUACUUUCGUCACCGUCGCCUAAAAUGUAUACUUCGGAGGUUACGAUCACAAAACAGCAAUGCGAGCCGUUGAACUUAGGCAAACACAGAAAGUCGGCCAGCCCAACAGUUUCCAGCUGUACCGACGAAGUGCGAAAAUUAAAUAAAGAAUUUGGCGAACCUCAAGAGAAAAGAAUAAAGAAGGAAUCGCAUGAGGAUUUAGCUAAGAUAACUAAGGUGUUCAAUAAAUGUAGUGAUGACCAAAUACCCGAUGCUAAAGCGAAAAAAUCCGAUAGGGGUGCCCAAAAAACAAUCGAGGAGACGUGUCCUUUAAAGCAGUUGCACAAUUUGAAGACCAGCCCCGAUUUUAAUCUACCAGAUCCCUUAUUAGUUCCAAAAGAUAAAUUAAAUGAUAUUCUCGCUGCUCCCGGUGUAGAAAUACCCGCGCUUCUAUUGAAUAGACCUGAAUUAAGGCUGCCAGAGGCAUUCGCCUUCCCGGCCGUUUUGCAAGAUCCAGACAUACUCGUUGUAUCACUGUCGCAGUUAGAGACUAUUUUAGAAAACGAGCAGAAAAAGCUGCCUUCCCCAAAGCCGAAAGAAGCGAGACCAGUCACGGCAAAGAGUUCAUCGACCGUUAAUAGUUCAAGUACGGAAAAAUCUAACACGCCCCAACCUGAUCAAACAAAUCAACCUAAACCAAUACCUUCCAUGGAUGCCUUAGCUGGCGAUAUAGACGCCGCUACGUCGGCGGCUCUCAAUCAAAUGCUGUGGCUGCCGUACCUUAGCCAACUGGAGGCUAUGGCCGCGUGUUCGCAAAACAUGGAUUUCCUCAAAGCUUUAAAUUCCUCCGGAUAUCAAGGACCAAAUUAUCCCGAUCUAUCGCAAAUGUUUAACCCGUCUGCACGAUUUAUGGGCCCGACCGGCUUCCCUAUGAUGCCCCAAAUGGAUUAUGAUAACCGAUUGCAAUUCGCUAUGUGGCAGGAAGCAAUGAAUCAAGCGAACUCAUCUGUUCCUCACAGAUCAAAGCCUAUAGAAGCUCAGAUGAAGGAAAUGUCUAAAACAAGCGACGUCCAAAAUCCGUACGUUCAUUCGACGAAGAACCAUCCAAACAAAACGCAUUCAUCCGCUCGCACGAGUCCAAUCGCUCAUAAUUACAGCAAUCAACGUUCCGUGGCUCACAAUCCGUUCCUCCAAGGCAUGUACCCGGGCAUGGGCCCCAACAUUCGACCUAAUUUACCGCUACCGGGCUUACAAAUUCCGUACUUUAAUCCGGGGAUGGUUGGCAGUCAACGAUCGCCAAGGACAACACAGCAGAAGAGUCCAUCAUCACCUUACUAUCCGAAUAAUAAUUACCUGCAGUCGAUAAAGCAGUCGGAAGCACAAAGUCAUCCGAGGAGUACAUCAAGCUCGCAAGAGUCGCCGCGGCCGCGUAUUAGUGUGAAAUCACUGCAAAACCUUCUGGAACCUACAGCAGCUGCUGCGUCGGGAGUUCCUUCUGCCAGGAGGUCGUCUGCUACUUCCACUGCUUUGGGCCGAAGGAGAGAAGAGACGGAGGUUGGGAGUACCACACCUCUGGGCGAACCCCCACCACAUUUGCCGCCACAUCCGCACGACCCGUCAUCUUUCCAUUUAUGGCAUCCUCUGUUUGGCAAGUAA